CCAGGCGUGCAGCAGAGCAAGGUAGGUAGUGAGGACAAGAGACAGGAGCAGUGUCAUGGAAAAGCUAGGGUCAUCAACAGUCAGGCAGCGCGGUACAGAAUCAGGAGGAAAAGCCAAGGUCAGGAGCAGAGCCGAAGACAGGAACCAGUAUCAGGAGAGCAAUCAGAGUCAGUGCAGCCGUCAUUCUGCUAUCUGCAGUCGGCAGCUAGUUAAAUAGGCCGUCUUCGCCAUGCGUGAGCACGUGCGUGUGCGUGAUCGCGCAUUUCCGAUCGCGGUUCAUCUUGCCGGAAAUCCCUUAUACUAAGUGUGUUGGUUCAAACUGGUGUAAAUGAGGG